AUUCACUCUUUUUCUAAGUAGCGUAUUUGCGGUAGGGUGUUUUUGUCGAAGUGCCCGUAUUUCGCCUUUAUUGCUGAGUUCGAAAAGGCUGCAAGAUUCAAACCACGGCUAUGUUACAGCGUAGAACAUUGAACUUAGUAGCCAAAUGUGCUGAUUUUGGGUUGGGGCGCCCUCGAGCGCCUCUAAGGAUGGGCGCUAAAAGUGCUCGAGCGUAUCACUAUACAGGAGGGUUGCUUAUGGCUGAGGCUCAAAAGCCAGCGCCCACGGUUGAUGGAAAGAGCAAGUUUGCGGAAACGCAGAGACAAAAGUCGAAGGGGACGGCCCAAAGCGCCGAGCAGAGCAAGGCGACCGAAUCGGAGACAAACGCGACGCGGAUAGAGGGCGUGACUUUCGAGGAGUUGGCGGCUGUGCUGAAGAGUCGGAAGGUGCCCAAGGUGGAGGAGUUGAAGGAGGAUGAGCACUUGGGUAGGAUAGCGCAGAUUAUUGGUCCGGUGGUGGACGUUGAGUUUCAGGGGAAGUUGCCUAGGAAUUUGAACGCGUUGGUGGUGGAGGGGUCGCAGGAGAAGGUGAUAUUGGAGGUGGCGUCACAGAUGUCGGACAAGAUGGUGAGGUGCAUUGCGCUAGAGAACACGGAUGGGUUGUGGAGAGGGAUGAAGGUGAGGGAUACGGAGGCGCCGUUGACUGUUCCGGUUGGCAGGGAGACGCUAGGGAGGAUCAUGAAUGUCUUGGGAGAUCCGGUAGACGACCGAGGACCGAUAAACUCGCAGACCCAGUUGGCGAUUCACAGGAGUCCGCCGGAGUAUACGGAGUUGGGGGCGUCUGACGAGGUGUUGUUGACUGGAAUAAAGGUGGUGGACUUGAUAGCACCGUAUGCUCGAGGAGGGAAGAUUGGGUUGUUUGGAGGUGCGGGUGUAGGGAAGACGGUGUUGAUUAUGGAGCUGAUCAAUAACAUAGCCAAGACGCAUGGUGGAUUUUCGGUGUUUGCUGGAGUGGGCGAGCGCACAAGAGAGGGGAAUGAUUUAUAUAACGAGAUGAUAGAAACGGGCGUGAUUAAGUUGGAUGGGGAUUCCAAGGCGACAUUGGUGUAUGGACAGAUGAAUGAGCCCCCAGGAGCUAGAGCGUUGGUGGCGUUGACGGGGUUGACGGUGGCUGAAUACUUCAGAGAUGAAGGUGGACAGGAUGUGUUGUUGUUCAUUGACAACAUUUUCCGAUUUACUCAGGCAGGGUCAGAGGUGUCGGCUUUACUGGGGAGAAUUCCGUCCGCUGUAGGAUAUCAGCCGACGUUGGCGACCGAUAUGGGUUUGCUCCAGGAGCGAAUUACCACGACAACGAAGGGUUCUAUUACUUCGGUCCAGGCGGUGUAUGUGCCAGCAGAUGAUUUGUCGGAUCCGGCGCCGGCUACCACGUUCACUCACUUGAAUGCGACGACGGUUUUGUCGCGUGCCGUAUCGGAGCUGGGUAUCUAUCCAGCGGUGGAUCCGCUCGAUUCGACCUCGGAUUUGUUGGAGCCCCACGUGGUUGGGCAGCGCCAUUAUUCGAUUGCUAGGCGAGUCCAGGCGACCCUCCAGGCGUACAAAUCCCUGCAGGACAUAAUAGCCAUUUUGGGAAUGGAUGAGUUGUCGGAGGACGAUCGUCUGACGGUGUAUCGCGCCCGAAAGCUCCAGCGGUUCUUGUCCCAGCCGUUCGAAGUAGCUGAGCCCUUCACUGGUAUGAAGGGUCGACGCGUUACGCUGGAAGACACGCUCACCAGUUUCGAAGAGAUUCUCGACGGAAAGCACGACAACCUUCCAGAAGCAGCCUUUUACAUGGUUGGGGGAAUUGAAGAAGUCAAGGAGCGGGCUCGCAUUAUCGAACAACAGGCGUCCCAGUCCGCCGAGAAGGCAUCUGGCGAGGGAGGGAAAAAGAAGGGACCUUCCUUCUCUCUGAACUGGGCGGACUUGCCUCGCGAGCAGAUGAUCCAGACCUAUUUGGACUCGGCCAAGAAGUGCCUGACCAAGGAAUGGCAGGCCAAGGUCGAAAAUGCGAGGAACUUGAAAGAAUUCUUCGAUCCAGAGACCCAGCAGGCCAGACCUGAAUACGUCCAGCUGGUCAGGUGGUUCUAUGCUCGACAGAUCAUCAAGUGGCAGCAAAACAUAAAGAAGGUGCUUGCCAACAUUUCCCCGGAAGCUUUCAAGCAGGAAAUUGUCAAUCGCGAGAUGGUCUCCCUAGAAAAGCUCGAGUCGAGCUUUAAGGAGAAGGAAAAGGAGGAGCUAACGCCCGAGAUGCUGGUGGAGGAGGCGUUCAACCUGAGGCCAACGCCUUGGGGGUAUUUGAACGACUUGCUUGAAAAUCCGUCUAUAGUCAAGGAGCAGAUUGAAAAGGAGAAAGAUGCGGUCAAGCCGUGACGAGAAGGAUCUGCGUAUAAAAAAGGCAUGAGGGUCUCACGCAUUGA